CCGCGGCUCAGACCAGUUCCUGGCGUCCCGACCUGUGUCGGAUCCGAGGCCGGACCCGCCGCUGCGCAGCCGACGCCAGCCCAGGGCCUGGGAGGGGCGAGCGCCCCCGGGCCCCCGCCGCGGGCACCAUGGGCGCUACCCACUCCGCGUCCGAGGAGGUGCGGGAGCUCGAGGGCAAGACAGGCUUCUCGUCUGACCAGAUCGAGCAGCUCCACCGGAGAUUUAAGCACCUGAGUGGAGACCAGCCCACCAUUCGCAAGGAGAACUUCAACAACAUCCCUGACCUGGAGCUCAACCCGAUCAGAUCCAAAAUCGUCCGUGCCUUCUUCGACAACAGGAACCUGCGCAAGGGGCCCAGCGGCCUGGCUGACGAGAUCAACUUCGAGGACUUUCUGACCAUCAUGUCCUACUUCCGGCCUAUCGACACCACCAUGGAUGAGGAGCGGGUGCAGCUGUGCCGGAAAGAGAAGCUAAGAUUUCUGUUCCACAUGUAUGACUCAGACAGCGACGGCCGCAUCACCCUGGAAGAGUAUCGAAAUGUGGUCGAGGAGCUGCUCUCCGGAAACCCCCACAUCGAGAAGGAAUCUGCGCGCUCCAUUGCCGACGGGGCCAUGAUGGAGGCGGCCAGCGUCUGCGUGGGGCGGAUGGAGCCUGAUCAGGUGUACGAGGGCAUCACUUUCGAUGACUUCCUGAAGAUCUGGCAGGGGAUAGACAUCGAGACAAAGAUGCACGUCCGCUUCCUUAACAUGGAAACCAUCGCCCUGUGCCACUGACAGCCCCUCCCCCAUGGAUAACCCGCACUUGGACCCAGGCAGCGAGGCCCACGGGGGCCCUUUUGCUACAGCUCUUGUAAAUAGUCAACAUCCCUCGCUCAUCUCUUUUUCCCGCAGGGUAUGGUACAUGGGGCUUUGCUGUUUUUAUCUCCAAUAAAAUAGAAAAAGGGUUUGUUAAUGAA